UGUCCUCACUUUGUGCUUCUCCCUGCCCUCUGUGCCAGGUGCACCUGUGACCCCGAGCCAUGUCCUGCUGCAAGCCCUGCGACCCUUGCUGCCAGCCCUGCGGCCCCUGCCCGCUGGCCAACAGCUGCAAUGAGUGCUGUGUCAGGCAGUGCCAGAGCUCCCACGUUGCCAUUGAGCCGCCUGCUGUGCUGGUGACCCUGCCCGGGCCCAUCCUCAGCUCCUUCCCACAGAACACCGCCGUGGGAUCUUCUACCUCUGCUGCUGUUGGCAACAUCCUCAGCUGUGGCGGAGUGCCCAUCAGCUCUGGGGGCUUUGACCUAUCCUGCAUCACCAACUGCUAUGGUGGCAGCAGAUGUCGUCCCUGCUAAAGCUGCUGGCAAUGUCUUUCAGCAAGAACGUCCAAGACUUCAAAGCACGGUUUUGGGCAGGAGAUAGAGCUUCAGAAAAUUGUAUUCACAGCCUUGGACCAUCGCUUCCUUGUUCUACUCUCCUCUGCUUUUCUGUCCUUCUCUUCCCAAGGCUAAUAUGGACUUCUUGUCCUUCCUUCCUCCGCGGAGCAGUGCAAAGAACAGCACAUGGGAGCUCCAUCUUAGUGGCGGCUCCUGGUGCUCUCUGUGAGCCAUCUCCUUUUCUUCUUUAAACUUAUUAAAACUGUGUUGCAUUCAAGCCUUGACCUCUGAGUCGUCUAUUGUUCUGGGCCAACUCCUCCAGUCUGCUCAGGA